UCCAGAGAACAACGGGCUCAUUCAGCGGUCCGGAGCUGCCUGCGCGGGGGAGCGGCUGGGCGGAGAGCUCGACUCGUCCCGGGGGUGGGGCCCGACGCAUUGGCGAGAGGAGCCGAAGGUGGCCGCGGUAGCAGCGGCGCGGCAGCCUCGAACCCGGCCCCGAGAGCAGGGCGGCCGCCGCAGCUCGCAGCUCCCGGCCCCCCUCCCGGUGCACCGGCCCUCCCAUGGCGGCCGCGGGGCAGCUGUGGCUGCUCUACCUGUCCGCCGGGCUCCUACCGCGGCUCGGCGCCGCCUUCAACUUGGACACCCGCGAGGACAAUGUGAUCCGGAAAACUGGGGACUCCGGGAGCCUCUUCGGCUUCUCGCUGGCCAUGCACUGGCAGCUGCAGCCCGAGGACAAGCGGCUGUUGCUCGUGGGGGCCCCUCGGGCAGUGGCCCUUCCAUUGCAGAGGGCCAACAGGACAGGAGGCUUGUACAGCUGCGACAUCACCGCCCGGGGCCCUUGUACACGGAUUGAAUUUGAUAACGAUGCUGACCCUUUCUCGGAAAGCAAGGAAGAUCAAUGGAUGGGAGUCACCGUCCAGAGCCAAGGGCCAGGGGGCAAAGUCGUGACAUGCGCUCAUCGAUAUGAAAAAAGGCAACAUGUUAAUACAAAGCAGGAAUCCCGAGACAUCUUUGGAAGGUGUUACGUCCUGAGUCAGAAUCUUGAGAUUGAGGAUGAUAUGGAUGGAGGAGACUGGAGUUUUUGUGAUGGCCGAUUGAGAGGCCAUGAAAAAUUUGGUUCUUGUCAGCAAGGUGUAGCAGCUACUUUCACUAAAGACUUUCAUUACAUUGUGUUUGGAGCCCCGGGCACUUACAACUGGAAAGGGAUUGUUCGUGUAGAGCAAAAGAAUAACACUUUUUUUGACAUGAACAUCUUUGAAGAUGGGCCUUAUGAAGUUGGUGGAGAGACUGACCAUGAUGAAAGUCUAGUUCCUGUUCCUGCUAACAGUUAUUUAGGCUUUUCUUUGGACUCAGGGAAAGGGAUUAUUUCUAAAGAUGACAUCACAUUUGUAUCUGGUGCUCCAAGAGCCAAUCACAGUGGCGCUGUGGUUUUGCUAAAAAGAGACAUGAAGUCUGCACAUCUUCUCCCCGAGCACAUAUUUGACGGGGAGGGUCUGGCGUCUUCAUUUGGCUAUGACGUGGCAGUGGUGGACCUUAACAAAGACGGGUGGCAAGAUAUAGUUAUUGGAGCACCACAGUAUUUCGAUAGAGAUGGAGAAGUUGGAGGUGCAGUGUAUGUCUACAUUAACCAGCAAGGCAGAUGGAAUAAUGUCAAGCCAAUUCGUCUUAAUGGAACCAAAGAUUCUAUGUUUGGCAUUGCAGUCAAAAAUAUUGGUGAUAUUAAUCAAGAUGGCUACCCAGAUAUUGCAGUUGGAGCUCCCUAUGAUGAUAUGGGAAAGGUUUUUAUCUAUCAUGGAUCCGCGAAUGGAAUAAAUACCAAACCAACACAGGUUCUCGAGGGUAAUUCACGUUUUUUUGGAUAUUCAAUUGCUGGAAAUAUGGACCUUGAUAGAAAUUCCUACCCUGAUGUUGCCGUUGGUUCCCUCUCAGAUUCAGUAACUGUUUUCAGAUCCCGGCCUGUGAUUAAUAUUCAGAAAACCAUCACAGUAACACCUAACAGAAUUGAUCUCCACCAGAAAACAGCCUGCGGGGCACCUAGUGGAAUAUGCCUCAGGGUUAAGGCCUGCUUUGAAUACACUGCCAAACCCGACGGUUAUAAUCCUUCAAUAGUCAUUGUGGGUACACUGGAGGCUGAAAAGGAAAGAAGAAAAUCUGGGCUGUCAUCAAGAGUUCAGUUUCGAAACCAAGGUUCUGAGCCCAAGUAUACUAAAGAACUAACUCUGAACAGGCAGAAGCAGAAGGUGUGCAUGGAGGAAACCCUCUGGUUACAGGAAAAUAUCAGAGAUAAACUGCGUCCCAUUCCGAUAACUGCUUCAGUAGAGAUCCAAGAGCCAACCACUCGGAGGCGAGUGAACUCACUUCCAGAAGUUCUUCCAAUUCUGAAUUCAAACGAACCCAAGACAGUUCAUACGGAUGUGCACUUCUUAAAAGAGGGAUGUGGAGACGACAAUGUGUGUAACAGCAACCUUAAACUAGACUAUAAAUUUUGUACCCGAGAAGGAAAUCAAGACAAAUUUUCUUAUUUACCAAUUCAAAAAGGUGUUCCAGAACUAGUUCUAAAAGAUCAGAAGGACAUUGCUUUAGAAAUAACAGUGACCAACAGCCCUUCUAAUCCAAGCAAUCCCACAAAAGAUGGCGAUGAUGCUCAUGAAGCUAAACUUAUUGCAACUUUUCCGGACACUUUGACUUACUCUGCAUACAGAGAACUGAGGGCUUUCCCUGAGAAACAGUUGAGUUGUGUUGCCAACCAAAAUGGCUCACAAGCAGACUGUGAGCUCGGAAAUCCUUUCAAAAGAAAUUCCAGUGUUACUUUUUAUUUGAUUUUAAGUACAACUGAGGUCACCUUUGACACCACAGAUCUGGACAUUAAUCUGAAGUUGGAAACAACAAGCAAUCAGGAUAAUUUGGCUUCAAUUACAGCUACAGCAAAAGUGGUUAUUGAACUGCUUUUAUCGGUCUCUGGAGUUGCUAAACCUUCCCAGGUGUACUUUGGAGGUACAGUUGUUGGUGAGCAGGCUAUGAAAUCUGAAGAUGAAGUGGGAAGUUUAGUCGAGUAUGAGUUCAGGGUAAUUAACUUGGGCAAACCUCUUAAAAAUCUCGGCACGGCGACCUUGAAUAUCCAGUGGCCAAAAGAAAUUAGCAACGGCAAAUGGUUGCUUUAUUUGAUGAAAGUAGAAACUAAAGGAUUGGAAAAGAUAGAUUGUGAGCCACAAAAAGAAAUAAACUUUCUGGGCCUAAAGGAGUCUCACAACUCAAGAAAGAAACGGGAAAUUGCUGAAAAACAGAUAGACGAUAUCAGAAAGUUUUCUUUGUUUGCUGAAAGAAAAUACCAGACCCUUAACUGCAGUGUCAACGUGAAGUGUGUGAACAUAAGGUGCCCGCUGCGGGGGCUGGAUAGCAAGGCCUCUGUGAUUUUGCGCUCCAGGUUAUGGAACAGCACAUUUCUAGAGGAAUAUUCUAAAAUGAACUACUUGGACAUUCUCGUGCGGGCUUCCAUUGAUGUAACUGCUACCACCGAGAAUAUCAAGCUGCCAAACGCAGGCACUCAGGUUCGUGUGACUGUGUUUCCCUCAAAGACUGUAGCGCAGCAUUCAGGUGUCCCAUGGUGGAUCAUCCUCGUGGCUAUUCUUGCUGGAAUUUUGAUGCUUGCUCUGUUAGUUCUUUUAUUAUGGAAGUGUGGUUUCUUCAAGAGAAAUAAGAAAGAUCAUUAUGAUGCCACAUAUCACAAGGCUGAGAUCCAUGCUCAGCCAUCUGAUAAAGAGAGGCUUACUUCUGAUGCAUAGUAUUGAUCUACUUCUGUAAUUGUGUGGAUUCUUUAAACGCUCUAGGUACGAUGAUAGCGUUCCCCGAUAUCAUGCUGUCAGGAUCCGGAAAGAAGAGCGAGAGAUCAAAGAUGAAAAAUAUAAUGAUAACCUUGAAAAAAAACAGUGGAUCACAAGGUGGAAUGAAAAUGAAAGCUACUCCUAGGGGGGGCCAAAGAAGCUUCACAGUACCCAAACUGCUUUUUUAAUUUUUCCCAACUCAGAAAUUCAAAUGGAUUUAAAAGCCUGUUCCAAGACCUGAAUAUUGGUUUCAGACAGACUACAUACAGUACGAACGUACAGUUUUAACUGCUGUGGACGUUGUUACGUACUCUAAGGCUCCUGUUUUGCACAGCCAAAUUUAAGACUGUUGGAAUGGAUUUUUCUUUUACUGCCUUAAUUUAACUUUUCGAGUUGCCUUUGUUUUCGGUGUGGCUGAUUUACGUGUGCCGGGGAAGGGCCUGCCCUGUUAUGCUCAUAUGACAUCCUCCCAAUAGUGUAGCUGGAAGAAGGCACCCACAGUCACCAUGGCAACAGAGUGACCAUCCUAACCUCGGCACUGCCUCUGCAAACAUUCUUCCCAUAGGACUGGAGAACCUGCACGUUUAACUGUCCCACAGCACAAGACAAUGCCCUUAGGGGUAGUUGUGUUUGAAUUUAAAGUACUAUCUUAAAAUUAAAUGUGCAAUAGAAGGUGAUGUUGCCAUCCUGCCAUCUUUUUCCAUUUCCUAGAAGUGUGAAUACUUGCUCCCACCAAAUACAUACAGGUUCCAUUCUCCCUUUU